GGAAGGUUUUGUGCAGCUUUAAUAUGAUGCGAGUAAGUGCUCAUAUUGACGUUGGGGAGUAUCAGCUUAGCUACUUAAGAGGAUAGCUACCUAGCAUUUCUUUCUGUUUUCAUCUAGGUACUUUCGUUCUUCACUUUUUGUCUUUCUUCUCUAAGCAAAAGCAAUUCACAUCGUCUCCUACCUCUACAUAUAAGUAUGUCGACUACCAUCACAAUCAGCAGCAAUAGUCCAAUUGUCAUUCGCCAUGAUGGACCACCUAAUGGCCAUACCAAUGCACUAACCAAUGGAUGUGUUAAUGGCGACAGUCAUAACAGAUUCAUUGAAUAUGACAAUAGUGUCACCACGAAUGGACACAAUGCGCACUUCACUGCCGAACCAGGACUUAAUGAUGCACCAGAUCGUGUCAAGUUCGCUUAUUGGGUCCCAAACGUUUCGGGUGGUUUAGUUAUAUCGAAAAUCCCCCAGAGGACAAGUUGGGACUACGAAUCGAAUGUGAGAUAUGCGCAGACUGCCGAAGAAGUUGGGUUCGAAUUUGCUCUCACUCAAAUCCGAUUCAUGGCAGGAUACGGAGCUGAUAACCAGCAUGAAUCCGUCUCCUUCUCACAAGCACUUCUCCAUAAUACCAAGAAACUGAAUGUCAUCGCGGCCUUAUUACCUGGACCUUGGAAUCCAGCUGUCGCCGCUAAGCAAAUUGCGAGCAUCGACCAUUAUACAAAUGGGAGGAUAUCUGUAAAUAUUGUGUCUGGUUGGUUUAAACAAGAGUUCACAAGCAUCGGACAAUGGUGGCUGGAGCAUGCUGAGCGAUACAGACGCAGUAGGGAAUUCAUCGAAUGUUUGAAAGGCAUUUGGACUUCCCCGAAAUUCUCAUACAAGGGCGAUUUUUACCAAUUCCAUGAUUAUCCAUUAUCACCAAAGCCACUCAAUUUACCAGGUCGACCACAUCCCUUGGUCUUUCAAGGCGGAAAUUCAAUCGAUGCUCGGGAAAAUGGAGCAUCGGUAUCCGAUUAUUAUUUCAUGAAUGGCAAUACCCUUGAAGGAUUCCAAGAGCAAAUCGCCGAUGUCAAAGAGCGAGCGCGGAAGCUCGGUCGUGAGGACAAGAUACACUUUGCUGUUAAUGGCUUUGCUAUCGUUAAAGAAACGGAAGAAGAGGCCAUACAACUACUCUCCGAAAUUCAAGGCAAGGCCGAUAGAGAAGCUGUGAAUGCCUUCUCGGAUGCAACCAAACAAGCUGGUUCGUCGACAGGGAAUAAGAAGGGCAUGUGGGCAGAUAGCAAAUUUGAGGAUUUGGUGCAAUACAACGAUGGGUUUAAAACAAAAUUGAUUGGAACAGCUGAACAAGUUGCCGAUAGAAUUUUGUUGUUGAAGAGCUUGGGAAUCGAUAUUGUUUUAAUUGCAUUUUUGCAUUACGAGGAUGAUAUUCAGAACUUUGGUGAAAAGGUUUUGCCAUUGGUUCGAAAGCUGGAGAGGGAAGGAAGAGGAAAAAAUGCAGAGGAUGAAAUUUUAAGGACUGGAGACGUUUACCGCGCGAAACGGUGAAGAUUAAAGUGCGAUAUAUACGCAGAACCUAGCCAGGACAGAGUUAUGAAAGCUCUAGAGAAUCUAAAGGAACCUCGACCUCGGGAAUGUAUGUAUAGGGAGUUUGGGGUGGUUAUACAGUAACCAAUUGGAUUUCCUCCAAGUUUUUGAUCGAAUCUGUGGUUUUUUUGUUUUUGUUUGUUGGAAUGUUUAUGACCAGAGCCGCGUAUUUUUGCGGAAACCUUUUUUCUCGUUGCACACCAUUUCCGAGGUGCAUUCGUUGUUGAAAACGUUCUGAAGGGAUGUUGUUGGUUCUUUUAAUUGUACAUAUCUAGUUUGAAUUAAUACCGUAUGUCAUAGUGAAAUUGGUCAAGUCGGUGGAGAAGUAGCAAUUUGGAAGUUCGAUUUGUUUUGGAUCAAGAUCAAGACGAUGCAGAAUUGCAAUCGAGGUAUCAAUAUAAGAAUGAAGAGCA